CACGCCGGGCAAAAAUACUGGUGGGCGGAGAUUACUUGUGUGAACAUACUCAACAUAUUUCUCUGUACCUGUCUGUUGAUAUAGUCUGAUUUAUCGUUAAUUUGUAAAGUGUACAACUGUACUGUUUAUAGAAGAGGAGUCGUAUGGUGCAAAGAGGGCUAACGUUAGACGCUUCACGUGCUCAAAGUGUUCUGUUUUCCUCAAACCAUGGAGAAACAGUUGCAUUUGAAUUUGCUUGCCUCCAAACCCCCAGUGGCAGGUUUGCAGUCGGGAUCUAAAUUAAGAAUGGGACCAGGAAGAAAACGAGAUUUUUCUCCUCUGUCCUGGAGUCAGUACUUCGAAACCAUGGAGGACGUGGAGGUGGAAAAUGACAACAGCAAAGACACAUUUAGAAUUUACAGCAGUGGCUCUCAUGGUCCCGUCCUGAUGCUCCUUCAUGGAGGGGGUCACUCUGCACUGUCCUGGGCAGUCUUCACUUCUGUUAUAUGCAGCCGGAUUAACUGCAGGGUUGUAGCUAUGGACCUCAGAGGACAUGGUGACACUAAAGUAAAGAAUCCUGAUGACCUGUCUGCUGAAACAAUGGCCAAGGAUGUUGGCAAAGUGGUGGAGGCACUUUAUGGUGAAAACCCACCUCCCAUCAUGAUUAUUGGUCACAGUAUGGGUGGAGCAAUAGCAGUUCACACGGCUGCAGCCAAUCAUGUGCCAUCACUGCUUGGCCUUUGUGUUAUUGAUGUAGUGGAAGGUACAGCAAUGGAUGCCUUGAACAGCAUGCAAAACUUUCUGAGGGGUCGACCAAAAACAUUUAAAUCUGUGGAGAACGCAAUCGAAUGGAGUGUGAAAAGUGGUCAGAUCAGGAAUGUUGAGUCUGCACGAGUGUCUAUGGUUGGACAGGUGAAAAAAUGUGAGGAGCCAUUGAGUAGUCCAGGGGUUUCCAGGAGCAUCAGUGAAGGCAUUAUUGAAGAAGAAGAGGAGGAAGAAGAAGGAGGCGAAUCCAACCACAAAAGGAAGAAAGAGGAUGACCAAGAGAUGAUGAAGGAAUGUCUGUACACUUGGCGUAUUGAACUCUCAAAGACAGAGAAGUACUGGGAGGGCUGGUUUAAAGGGCUGUCUUCUCUCUUUCUCACCUGCUCUGUGCCAAAACUCCUCCUGCUGGCUGGUGUUGACAGGCUUGAUAAAGAUCUUACCAUUGGGCAAAUGCAAGGGGGGUUCUUGAUGUAUUUUUUGGUUGGUUUUGUCCAUGCUGUUCACGAAGAUGCCCCGGAAAAAGUAGCUGAUGCUUUAGCCACUUUCAUGGUCCGUCACAGGUUCACUGAAUUCAAAGAGGGUUUUCCCUGACGACGUGUAGCCUUCACUUGUAGUCUUCAUCCAGCGAUGUGUCGUCCCUCUCUGCUCUCCACUGGAGAUUACAUUACAAGCAAAACCAUGGUGACGCCUCUGCUGUCAACUCAUUCUUAGUACUUCAUUCUUAAAUUAUAUUCAGUUUUGUAUGACUUUAUGUAUGUUUGCUGUAAUCAUUAUGAUUAUCUCGUCUUUUUUGGCAGGAAAUAAUAAUACAAUAAUACUUAUAAUUUCAAAUCGUUAUGCAUAUUUACAUUUUUAUUUUCCCCCGCACUGAUUUCUUUUGCAUUUCCUCUGAUGCCUUGCUUGUUUGUUGUUGUAAUUAGGAUGAUUGCAUCAUGUUGUGUUCAAAGUGUUGGUCGUUGGAAAUAAUAAAAAGACACAUUAUAAGAAA